ACAGAAAAACCCUAGCAGCAGCUCUCUGCAAUAGAGUGUGAGAGAGAAAAAAUGGUGUCAGGUUCAGGGAUCUCAGCAAAGAGGAUAGUGGUGGAUGCUCGCCACCACAUGCUUGGAAGACUAUCUUCCAUCUUAGCCAAAGAGCUCCUCAAUGGGCAAAGAGUAGUGGUAGUUAGAUGUGAAGAAAUAUGCUUAUCCGGUGGACUUGUGAGGCAGAAAAUGAAGUAUCUUAGGUUCCUACGUAAGAGAAUGAACACUAAACCUUCACAUGGUCCCAUCCAUUUUCGUGCUCCUUCUAAAAUCCUCUGGCGUACCAUUCGUGGGAUGAUUCCCCACAAAACUAAGCGUGGAGCUGCUGCGCUUGCCCGUUUGAAGGUUUUUGAGGGAGUUCCACCCCCAUAUGACAAGAUCAAGAGGAUGGUCAUUCCUGAUGCGCUCAAGGUAUUGAGGCUCCAGGCUGGACAUAAAUACUGUCUCUUGGGCAAGCUUUCAUCAGAAGUCGGAUGGAACCAUUAUGAUACUAUCAAGGAGCUCGAGAACAAGAGAAAGGAGAGAGCUCAAGUAGCGUAUGAGAGGAGAAAGCAAUUAGCGAAACUUAGGGUUAAGGCCGAGAAAGCUGCUGAGGAGAAGCUUGGUCCUCAGCUCGCCGUUAUUGCUCCGAUCAAGUACUGAAGUCGAAAUAUAGUUUGUUUGAAGUACAAUUUUGCUGGAGAUUAAUGUUUUGUCAUUAGUUUGUUCCUUGUUAGGACUGGUGUUUUCAGUUUAACAAUAUUUGCCUUGUGAGCAAGACUUCUCUGGUUUUCCGUGUAUUUCAUUGGCAUAGCAAGUGGAAAGUUUUUCUGAAA